UCUUUAAUGAAAACCCUAGCAAGGGUUGGUGCGUGUGUGAGGUUUUUCCCUGACCCUGGGAUCUCACAGCUAAACCGAGGGAGCCCAGAAGGAAUCCGGAGGAUCUAGCUAGUUGACCUUUCCAUACACUCGGGAGGGAUUUGGUCUCUAAUUCAGAUCAGUUCUGGAGUUAGAAACCCACGAUGUCCACCCUGAAGCUCCCAGGCUAGGAAUCUGCCUUGGGACACGCCGCUGCCCCUUUAAACCUGGCUGCCCCAGCCCAGAAUGGCUUUGUGCCUCAGCCAAGUUUUCAACAAAGACAAAACCUUUCGCCCCCGUAAGAAAUUCGAGCCCGGCACCCAGCGGUUUGAGCUGUACAAGAAAGCCCAGGCCUCUCUCAAAUCUGGGCUGGAUCUGAAGACUGUGGUCCAGUUGCCACCUGGGGAGAAUAUCAAUGACUGGAUAGCGGUGCACGUGGUUGACUUCUUCAACAGGAUAAAUCUUAUCUAUGGGACGAUGUCGGAGUUCUGCACCGAGAAGAGCUGCCCCAUCAUGUCCGGUGGGCUCAAAUACGAAUACAGGUGGCAGGAUGAUCACAAGUACAAGAGGCCGACCAAGCUAUCGGCACCCCAGUACAUGUGUAUGCUGAUGGAAUGGAUCGAGAUGCUCAUUAACAAUGAAGACAUCUUUCCUACCAGGAUCGGAGUCCCCUUCCCCAAGAACUUCCAACAGGUGUGUACCAAGAUCCUCACCCGCCUCUUCCGAGUCUUCGUCCACGUCUACAUCCAUCACUUCGAUAGUAUCAUCAGCAUGGGCGCCGAGGCCCAUGUCAACACCUGCUACAAGCACUUUUACUACUUCAUCAAAGAGUUCAGCCUCAUUGACCACCGGGAGCUGGAGCCUUUGAAAGAAAUGACAGAGAGAAUUUGCCACUGAGACGAUUUCUGCCGAGAAGUCCGUCUGUCUCCCCCGGAGCCCACUGGCAACGCGGAAUGCUGGACAAUCUGACUCCGAGGUCUUGCUGUGGAGAUUUGAAAUGCACGGAAAUAGGAGUACUGCUUAAGAGCCUUAUUGUGCCAGGGAACAGUGUUUAUAUUAUCCCAGUCUCCGUUACGUGGAUACUUUAUUUUUAGAAACCAUUGGCCAGAACGGGGAUAGGACAAGUGUGUGUGUGUGUGCAUGUGUGGGGUUAAAUACAUACCCACAGAUUUCAUUCUCAUCCCCGCGAGCCCUGAUCACCUGCUUCCUUAUUCCCCCUCAAGCCCAUCCCCUACACACCUGGUGUGUCCUAAAUUAUGUGGCUCUCCUUUAAUUAUGGCACUGAUGGCUGGAGGGUGAAAUCCCUAGCUAAAUGCUCCAGUGAUUACAUCUGCUCACUGGAUUGUGACCCUAUUUUACUGACAAUAGACCUCUAGCAAGUAGUUGUUUUGGGGGCGGGGGCAAGGAAGGGGUUUGGAUAAGGGUUCAGCUAAGAUAGGGUUUUGGAUAACCAGGAGUUCACUAUACCAGGAUUCUGGCUGCCCUGUGUGCAGGUAUGUGAAGAAAGCUCCUCUUUCACCAUUGCACGCCUGUGCACUAGCAGCCAGGACCCGGACACUGG